CACUGCCUGGGGAACCCGGAAGCGGCUUCUGAGUGCGGGGAUAUCAGAGCGGAGACAGCGCUGGUGCAGGGGCCCUACUCUUUGCCGGCCCUGUGUGUCUCUGCCCGGGGUAUCUCCACGGAAGUAGCCGGCUGCCACUGCUGCUUUUCUCAUUGAUCCCAGUGUAGUCAGUGGCUGCAAUGAGUUCCCUGCACACAGUCUGCCUCCUCCUCUGUGCCCUCUCCUGCCUCAGUGCCCAGGCUGCAGCCAAAGGAGUGACAACAAGCUUAGCUGCCAAGUGGCCAGAGAGCCCCCUGUUACUGGAGGCCAGUGAAUUCAUUGCCGAAGAGGGAAAUGACAAGUUCUGGCAGUUUUUGGGGACUGUGCAGGAGGUAACCAUCUAUAAGAACAAGGAUUCGGAAUAUUCCUAUUACAGCUUGAUAUUGAAAAAAGCUGGUCAGUUUCUCUCCGACCUGCAAAUCGGUUUGCUGAAAUUUGCAUUUUCUAUAAGGGCAUAUUCUCCCACUGUGCAGAUGUUCCAGCAGAUUGCGGCUGAUGAGCCUCCUCCAGAAGGUUGCGGUGCAUUUGCUUCUAUCCACGGGAAACACACCUGCAAAGCAAGUCAGAUUAAAAAUCUUCUGAAGGAUGCGCUGGAUCGGCCAAGGCCUUACUUAUAUAAAGGAGAUCAUAUCUUCCCUACUCUUUCCAAGACUGCUCCAGUUGUUAUUUUGUAUGCAGAAAUUGGUACCAAAGCAUUUGCCAACUUUCAUAAAAUGCUGAUUGAAAAAGCAGAAAGUGAGGAGCUCAUUUAUGUUCUACGACAUUACAUACAGAAACCAAGUAUUAGGAAAAUGAACCUGUCUGGCUAUGGGGUUGAACUUGCUAUCAAAGACACUGAGUACAAAGCAAUGGAUGAUACCCAAGUUGAAGCCAACAAUUCCACGGAUAAAUCAUAUGAUGGAAUCACUGAAGAGGUUCAAGGAUUUUACUUUGAUAAGCUGAUACAAAUGUACCCGGAUCUUAAAGACAAUCUGGUUGAAUUCCGAAAACAUCUUAUUGAAAGCACUAAUGAGAUGGUACCAUUAAAAGUCUGGGAGUUACAGGAUCUCAGCUUUCAAGCAGCCUCAAAAAUUUGUUCCACUCCUGUUUAUGAAGCGUUGAAGGUUUUACGAGACAUGAGCCAGAAUUUUCCAAUAAAAGCAAGGUCUUUAACAAGAAUUGCACUAAAUCAGGAGAUGAAAAAAGAAAUUGAGGAAAAUCAGAAGCAUUUAUCUGACACAUAUGGAAUCCAGCCUGGAGAUGCAAGCCUGUAUAUCAAUGGUCUUCACAUUGAUCUUGAUGCAUAUAAUUCCUUCAGUAUCUUGGAACUUCUGAAACAUGAAGGGAAAGCAUUACAUGGACUUUCUGUUCUGGGAAUUAAAAAUGAAGACAUCAUCAAAUAUCUGCAGUUGCAGGUCCAUCCAGGGGAGGAAAACUAUGCUUUAGAUAUCCGGAAUUCUGCCAUUAAUUGGGUUAAUGAUAUUGAGAUGGAUCACAAGUAUUCCAAAUGGCCUUCAAGUCUCCAAGAGCUGUUGAGGCCAGUAUUUCCUGGAGCCAUACGUUCUAUCAGACGAAACUUUUUCAAUUUGGUUCUUUUCUUCGAUCCUGCUCAAGAUUAUGCUGCUGAUUAUGUGAAGCUUGCUGAAUUAUUCUACCAACACAAUGUGCCUCUCAGGAUUGGAUUGGUCUUUGUGGUCACUGAAUCCACUGAAGAUGUCGGAGCUGCACUGUGGCAUGCCUUUAGUUACAUGGCAGAUGAAACAGACAAUUCUCAUGCCUUUUCUUCAUUAGUUAGUAUGUACAACAAAGUAGAUGAUGGAGAAGCCUUGACUGUGGACAUUGUGAAGUCUGUCCUGAAGUACCAGUAUCCUCUUGCUGACGUAGACAGUGUCCUGGGCUUAAAUUCUGAGUAUAAUCAUAAAAUGAAGGCAGGAGCAGCCUUUUAUAAGAAGAGUGGCCUGGGUCCAAUGCCUCAAGUUCUGUUUAAUGGUGUGCCCUUUAACAGCGAGGAGAUGGAUGUUGAAGAGAUGGAGAAUGUUAUUCUGCAGAAGAUCAUGGAUGCCACAGGGUUCUUCCAGAGGGCAGUGUUCAUGGGCCUACUAACUGAUCAGAUGGAUGUUGUAGAUUUCUUGAUGGACCAGCCAAACAUAGUUACCAGAAUCAACCCCACAAUUCUCACAAGUCAAAGGACCUAUAUUAACUUUAUUUCAAACUCAGCUACCUACAGUUUGCAGGAUUACGAAACAUUUUCUUAUCUGGAUUCUCAAGACAAGAGUGCUGUUGUUUCUGAAAAUAUGAAAUAUGCUACAAAAGAAGAUGAGGAUGUCAUUUAUGCAGUCACCAUCUGGAUUAUUGCUGACUUUGACAAGCCAGCUGGGAGACAACUGCUUGCUAAAGCUGUGAAACACAUGAAAAAAAGCCGUAUCGCUCGACUUGGAAUCCUAAAUAAUCCCACCUCCAAAAUUACUGAAGAAAACACAAUGAUAUCCCGCGCCAUUUGGGCUGCUCUUCUUACCCAGAAAAGCCAUAACAUGCUGACUUUCUUUACAAAGAUUUCAAAAGAAGAAACCAUGGAUGCACUUACAAAAGGGCGGAAAAUCAAAGAGUUCCUGGUUUUGGAAAUGGAUGAUGAUGCGUUUGAAAAGAAGUACAAUACUAUGGGAGUAGACAUGCUUCGUGCUCAGGAAUUGUACUGUCAUGAAGUUCUCAAACUGUUGCCUGGGCAGAUGGCUGUGAUCAGUAAUGGAAGGAUACUGAGAAAUAUUACUUCAGAUGACUUUCAUGAAGAAGACUUUAAUUUAUUGGAAAAGACUGCUUAUACUAGCUCAGCAGAGAAAAUAAAAAACCUUGUGAAAAAGAUGGCAGCGCCAUCCAAACGUACUUCCAGUGAUUUGGUUAUGAAGGUGGAUUCCCUUCUCUCGUCUAUGCCCAAGGGAGAUUCAAGACAAGAUCUGAAGUUUGUGAAACAGAAACACAGCCUGAUCAAAGUGGCACCCCAAGAAGAGGGUCCUUUUAUAGAUGUAAUUGCUGUGGUUGAUCCUCUAUCUCGAGAAGCUCAAAAGAUGUCACACUUAUUAAUUGUGAUUAGCCGUCUGAUGAAUAUGAAACUGACCAUGUUCAUGAAUUGCAAAGCAAAAUUAUCAGAAAUGCCCUUGAAAAGUUUCUAUCGUCUUGUGCUUGAACCAGAAUUGACAUUUCUAAGCAACAACAGUCUCUCUCCGGGUCCAUCAGCUAAGUUCCUGGAUAUGCCUGAAUCCCCUCUGCUAACUCUGAACAUGAACACCCCGGAGAGCUGGCUUGUGGAAGUGGUGCACAGCUCCUGUGAUCUGGAUAACAUUCAUCUACAAGACGUGGAAGGGAUUGUUAACGCAAACUAUGAAUUGGAAUACCUGUUACUGGAAGGACACUGUUUUGAUGUGACAACAGGACAACCACCUAGAGGUCUCCAGUUCAAUCUGGGCAUGAAGAAUGAUCCAGUCAUGGUAGACACUAUAGUGAUGGCUAACCUAGGAUAUUUCCAGUUGAAGGCCAAUCCAGGGGCAUGGUUGUUGCGUCUUCGUAAAGGAAGAUCUGAAGAUAUUUACCGUAUAGUCUCACACAUGGGAGCAGAUUCUCCACCAGAUCAAGAGGAGGUGAUUGUGGUGCUCAGUCACUUCAACAGCAAGAUUAUUAAAGUUCAUGUACAGAAAAAGCCGGAUCAAAUACAUGCAGAUCUCUUGAGCAGUGAGCCAGAAGAGAAGACAGGACUGUGGAAUUCAUUUAUGAGUUUUACAGGAGCAAUAAAUACAGAAAUAAAAGAAAAGAAAUCAGACAUUCUAAAUAUCUUCUCUGUUGCAUCUGGGCAUCUAUAUGAACGCUUUUUAAGGACGGAGGACGCAGAAGCACGCAGCCUGCAAUGUCAGAUUACAGACAGCCAGGGACUAAUUAUGAUGAUUUCCGUUCUUCGACAUACAAAAACACCAGUGAAGUUCUGGUUUUUAAAGAACUACCUUUCUCCACGGUUUACGGAAAUCAUACCACACAUGGCCCAAGAAUAUGGCUUCCAGUAUGAGUUAGUCCAGUACAAGUGGCCUCGAUGGCUGCACCAGCAGACUGAGAAACAGCGGAUUAUUUGGGGUUACAAAAUCCUCUUCCUCGAUGUUUUAUUCCCACUUGCCGUAGACAAAAUAAUCUUUGUUGACGCUGACCAGAUUGUGAGAACGGAUUUAAAAGAACUGAGAGACUUUGACCUUGGCAGUGCACCCUAUGGUUACACCCCAUUUUGUAACAGUCGCAAAGAGAUGGAUGGGUAUCGUUUCUGGAAGUCUGGGUAUUGGGCAUCACAUCUUGGACAUAGGAAAUACCAUAUCAGUGCUUUAUAUGUAGUGGACCUUAAGAAGUUCAGGAAAAUUGCUGCAGGCGACAGGCUCCGUGGACAGUACCAGGCUCUAAGUCAGGAUCCAAACAGUUUGUCUAAUUUGGAUCAGGACCUACCCAACAACAUGAUUCAUCAAGUGUCAAUAAAAUCUCUACCUCAAGAGUGGUUGUGGUGUGAGACCUGGUGUGAUGACAAGUCCAAAGAAAGAGCCAAAACUAUAGAUCUGUGCAACAAUCCCAAAACUAAGGAACCCAAAUUAAAAGCUGCAGCACGAAUUGUUCCUGAAUGGACCGACUAUGACAAUGAAAUCCGUCAAUUUUUGAAGAGGAUAGAGGAGCAGAAAGCAAAUGGAACACAAGUACCUCCUAAAGGCUUAAAUCACGAUGAACUUUAGCAAAUUUCAAUUUCACGGUGGAAAGUAAAGUCCUCCCAACUGACCCUUCAUUCUACAGGAGACUGUCGAAGUAGCGGUGACCUUAUUUGCUGGAUACUGGGAUACAUAUGGACCUAUUUUUUGAUCCUCGAGAGACCUGUUUAUUAGGAGUCCUUUAUUAAUAUGAAUUAUUAUUUUUUUAUGUCUGGUAAUACAGUGAUGGUAGAGCUGACGUCUGAUUCCCUGCACUGUAAUGUACCAGUGUCUUUUCUCUGAUACAUGGGUGUACGGCUCCUUCCAGUAACUGGCAGUGUAGACUAUAUGGGACAGAUUUAUCAGCAUUGUCGCUGAGAUAGCUUAAGGUGCCAUGUAAAUACUGACUUAAAAUGUUCCACAGAUAAUGUUCAGUCUCUCUACUGCUACAGACAGUUGGGUAGCAGAUACCUGUUCUGCCCUUAGUGUGUCAUGUCUUUGUCAUACGCCUUUUUGAUGAAAAUAGCAUAAAACAUGUUGCAGCUGCUCAGCACAUAUGCUCACUGGUGGUUUUUGGCCAAUUUUACAACUGACACAUGAAUGUGUUUUUUCUGCUGUAAAUUUAGUUUCGUACAUUUUCCAUGUAAGUACAAGCAUUGUUGUUAUAAACUACGUGUUCACAUUCACUUUUAUGUAUUUUAUUUGUCUGUUUAAUCAUAUUUUUACUGUGAAGGAAGGUGGUCUUCACACCCGGCAGACUUUGUGGCAGAAAAUUCCACGACUGAAAAUCGGUUCCAUUCACUUGAAGGGGGCAGCAGGCACAUGGGUUUCUACAAGCCCCGUUAAGGUGGAUUGAAUGAAUUUUCAGCCACAAAAUCUGCAGCGUGUGAAGGCAUCUUCAUACUAUUGAUGAGACAUCUACACCGGAAGCUCGUGAGUAGAAGAAGCAAUGCUUAGGCUACUACAGGAGGGUCCAGCAGGUUGUUCUAGCAGGGGAACAGCCUACCGGAUCUGUACUAACGCUAGCCCAAGUGCCGCCAGAAGUCCGCACUGGUCCCAUUCACUAUAGCGGGGACGGGAUGGAGGUCCGGUCGCAGCACGGCAAAAAACUACGGACCCUCCUAGCGAAAGUGUGAAAGCUGCCUUACAUGUGAAGCUUGGUCAGAACAAUUAAGAGUUUUCCAGACUAUAAACAUUGAUGAACUAUCCUCAGGAUAGGUCAUCAAUAUCAAAUUGAUACUGAUAUUCCCUUGCCAAUCAUCUGCAGCCUAUUCCUAGGCCUGUACAUCACAUCCAUCAGUCUCAUGGUCUUUGUGCAGCUCAGACCAAUUCAAGUGAGGCAGAUUAAAGGGGUUGUCCGGGAUCGGGGACAUUACUCUAAUAGUACAAGUGUGGAAUAGACAUUACAUACAAGCAGCUAGUACGUUUUGGCACAGAUUUCUGCAGCCUGUUUUCAUCUUUGAAAUUCAUGGCCGGAAGUUACUGUUUUCUUCUCCUCAGUGAGGUACCGGGUCCCUUUCAGGCAAGCAAAGCUUCCUCUUCCGCUGCUCAGGGAGCCCGGUGACGUCACCGGCAGCAAAUGAAUCGAGGUGAAUAUUGAUGAGGGGCGGAGUUACAGCGGCUGGCUGACAUCCCACUAUGCCCCGCCCCUCAACAACCCGCUCAGCCCCGCCCCUCCAGUCCGGUGAGCUUCAGAAUGAAUUGAGGUGAAUAUUGAUGAGGGGGCGGAGUUACGGCGGCUGGCCGACAUCCUGCUAAGCCCCGCCCCAUAACCCGCUCAGCCCCACCCCUCCAGUCCGGUGAGCUUCAGAUUGAAUUGAGGUGAAUAUUGAUGAGGGGGCGAAGUUACAGCAGAGCAGAGAGACAGCUGUAACCACCUGAUGCUGCGCUGCCCCAGGACCCACAGGGCAGUGCAGCCGGAAGUCAGGUAAAGAUAAACAGAUAUAUAAACAAUGAGUGGGGGACCGUUGGAGCCACAUAGAAGUGGCAAAAAUAGCUGAAAAUGUAUGGAGGCCUCUACUUAGAUGUACAUUGUGAGUAAACUUUUUUUUUUUUUUUUU